CGUAAUGAGGGCGAGGCUAUUCUCCACCGAUAAUGAAGAUUAUUUAUCCUAUUCUCCAGGGAUGAUAAGCCCAUUAAGCACCGAAUUGGGCCAAUUUGUUAUUGGAUGGCAUUUUCGUACUUACUUGAGCGACGAAAGGCCAUUUUCUUUGGAUAUUGAAGGCUACAGAUCACGGAUUCGGCCUAAGGCUAUUCUUAAACUUUGAUUAAGUCUAUUAAGCACCAAUUUGGGCGGAUUUAUUCCGGGUCAAUUUUUAGCAGAUUCCAAAGGGGUACCAUCAAAGAUUUCAGGCGAUUUUUCUGAAAUGCCAUUUUCUUUCGAUUAUGGAGGCUACAGAUUACGGAAUGUGGCUGAGGCUAUUCUCCACCGAUAAUGAAGUAUAUUUAUCCUAUUCUCCAGGGAUGAUAAGCCCAAUAAGCAUCGAUUUGAGCCAAUUUAUUUUCGGAUGACAUUUUCGUAAUUUUUUGUGCGACGAAAGGCCAUUUUCUUUGGAUAUUGAAGGUUACAGAUCACGGAUUCGGCCUGAGGCUAUUCUUCAACAAUGAUUAAGUCCAUUAAACACCGAUUUGGACGGAUUUAUUCCGGGUCAAUUUUUGCCAGAUUCCAAAGGGGUACUAUCACCUAUUUUGGACGAUUUUUCCGAAAUGCCAUUUUCUUUCGAUUAUGGAUGCUACAGAUCACGGAAUGAAGCCGAGGCUAUUAUCCACUGAUAAUGAAGUCUAUUGAUCCUAUUCUCUAAGGAUGAUAAGCCCAUUAAGCACCAAUUUGGCUCAAUUUAUUUUCGGGCGAUUUUUCUAAGAUUCCAAAGGGGUACCAUCACAGAUUUCGGGCGAUUUUUCCGAAUUGCCAUUUUCUUUCGAUUAUGGAUGCUACAGAUCACGGAAUGAGGCCGAGGCUAUUCUCCACCGAUAAUGAAGUCUAGUGAUUCUAUUCUUCAGGGAUGAUAAGCCAAUUAAGCACCUAUUUGGGCCAAUUUAUUUUCGGAGAUGGCAUUUUCGUAAUUUUUUGGGCGACGAAUGGCCAUUUUCUUUGGAUAUUGAAGGCUACAAAUCACGGAUUCGGCCUGAGGCUAUUCUUCAACGAUUAUUAAGUCCAUUAACCACCGAUUUGGGCGGAUUUAUUCUGGGUCAAUUUUUGGCAGAUUUCAAAGGGGUACCAUCACAGAUUUCGGGCGAUUUUUCCGAAAUGAAAUUUUCUGUCGAUUCUGGUGGCUACAAAUCACGGAAUCAGGCCGAGGCUAUUCUCCCCCGAUAAUGAAGUCUAUUGAUCCUAUUCUCCAGGGAUGAUAAGCCCAUCAAGCACCGAUUUGGGCCAAUUUAUUUUCGGAUGACUUUUUCGUAAUUUUUUGGGCGACGAAAGGCCAUUUCUUUGGAUAUUGAAGGCUACAGAUCACGGAUUCGACCUUAGGCUAUUCUUCAACUUUGAUUAAGUCCAGUAAGCACCGAUUUUUGCGGUUUUAUUUCGGGUCAAUUUUUGGCCGAUUCCAAAGGGGUACCAUCACAAAUUUCGGGCGAUUUUUCCGAAAUGUAUUUUCUUUCGAUUCCGGAGGCUACAGAUCACGGAAUCAAGCUCAAGCUAUUCUCCUCCGAUAAUGAAGUCUAUUCAUCCUAUUCUCGAGGGAUGAUAAGCCCCUUAAGCACCGAUUUGGGCCAACUUAUUUCCCGAUGGCAUUUUCGUAAUUUUUUGGGCGAUGAAAAGCUAUUUUCUUUGGAUAUUGAAGGCUACAGAUCAAGGAUUCGGCCUGAGGCUAUACUUCAACGAUGAUUAAGUCCAUUAAGCACCGAUUUGGGCAGAUUUAUUCCGGGUCAUUCUUUAGCAGAUUCCAAAGGGGUACCAACACAGAUUUCGGGCGAUUUUUUCCGAAAUGUCAUUUUCUUUCAAUUCUGGAGGCUACAGAUCACGGAAUGAGGACGAGGCUAUUCUCCACCGAUAAUGAAAUCUAUUGAUCCUAUUCUCUAGGGAUGAUAAGCCCAUUAAGCACCAAUUUGGGCCAAAUUUUUUUCGGAUGACAUUUUUGUAAUUUUUUUUGCUACGAAAGGCCAUUUUCUUUGGAUAUUGAAGGCUAUAGAUCACGGAUUCGGCCUGAGGCUAUUCUUCAACAAUGAUUAAGUCCAUUAAGCAUCGAUAUGAGCGGAUUUAUUCAGUGUCCAUUUUUGGCAGAUUCCAAAGGGGUACCAUCACAGAUUUUGGGCUAUUUUUUCGAAAUGCCAUUUUAUUUCGAUUCUGUAGGCUACAGAUCACGGAAUCAGGCCGAGGCUAUUCCCCACCGAUAAUGAAGUCUAUUCAUCCUAUUCUCCAGGGACGAUAAGCCCAUUAUGCACCGAUUUGAGCCAAUUUAUUUUCAGAUGGCUUUUCGUAAUUUUUGGGCGACAAAUUGCCAUUUUCUUUGGUUAUUGAAGGCUACAGAUCACGGAUUCGGCCUGAGGCUACAGAUCACAGAAUGAGACCAAGGCUAUUCUCCACCGAUAAUGAAGUUUAUUUAUCCUAUUCUCUAGAGAUGAUAAGCCCAUUAAGUACCGAUUUGGGCCAGUUUAUUUUUGGAUGGCAUUUUCGUAAUUAUUUGGGCGACUAAAGGCCAUUUUCUAUGGAAAUUGAAGGCUACAGAUCACGGAUUCGGCCUAAGGAUAUUCUUCAACUUUGAUUAAGUCCAUUAAGCAACGAUUUGGGCAGAUUUAUUCUGGCUCAAUUUUUGCCUGAUUCCAAACGGGUACCAUCACAGAUUUUAGACGAUUUUUCAGAAAUGCCAUUUUCUUUCGAUUUUGGAGGCUACAGAUCACAGAAUGAGGCCGAGGCUAUUAUCCACCGAUAAUGAAAUCUAUUGAUCCUAUUCUCCAAGGAUGAUAAGCCCAUUAAGCACCAAUUUGGCUCAAUUUAUUUUCGGGCGAUUUUUCUCAGAUUCCAAAGGGGUAUCAUCACAGAUUUCGGGCGAUUUUUGCGAAAUUCCAUUUUCUUUCAAUUCUGAAGGCUACAGAUCACGUAGUGAGGGCGAGGCUAUUCUCCACCGAUAAUGAAGAUUAUUUAUCCUA